GUCGUUCAAUUUAAAAUUUAUCGGAUCUUGAAUUAAUUUCACUUGAGUUUAGGUACAUCGAUGUAAUUUAUUCAGCAAAUCUUACCUUGACAAGUGAAACUAUUGCAAUCAAGCGAGUGUGCCUUAAAAUUUAAGCUCACCUCAAAAGAUGUCUAUGCGUCAUUUGAUAAAACUACUAAGAUCAGGAAGUAAUGAAAGUCCAAAUUAUGCAAAGUUCAAUGAUUGAUGCGCACGUUCUUUGGGAAAAUUGUUUUCGGUCAUAUCGGGGCAAAGGAUAAAAUAAAACUAGAUUCGUAAGGUAGCAGUAUUGCUUUGCAAGAAAAGUAAGCGUUUGAUCAAUUUUUCGUCUUAGUAACGCGCGAUCUUGACUCCCACAUUUAAUACUGAAAAUGACCAAUGUUGAUGUUUCUCGCUACAUUGUACGAGUGCUCCAAAGAAGUUUUAAAAGAUCUUAACCUGUAUGAGUGUAGUGCAAAAUCGGAAAUUAGUAACUGAAAUGUUGUUGACACUAAAAAAGACGACUAUAAGAUCGCGCUCAACGAGGAUGUACGAAAGCAGCCUUCACGUAUCAAGCUCAACGUUGUAGUCGUGCAAAUUUUGGUAAUAACACCCAACGAUGUCUUAGAAAUGUCAGAUUAAUUGUUCGCUCAGUCGAUCUGCUCGGAUGGCGCGAUGUUUCCAAAUCUCUUCAAAAACCCAAGCUGCGCGGAGUUUUACGAGCAGCAGCAGCAGCAGCAACAACAACAACAUCAACAACAGAAACCAACGGCCUCGUCGAAAGACGACAAGCCUUUGCAGGAGGCGCAAAAAAAGGAGCUGGACAAGAGCAGCAGCAGCAACAGCAGCGAGUGCAGAUCGAGGGACGGCGCGACCGAUCUCGCCGUCGAGGGUACGAACUACGCGGAACUGUCGGUCAAGGCCUUUUUCGACUUUAUGCGCGUGGCUUACCAAGUGAACGACAACUUCCCGGACAUAGCGUCGGCCAUAUCGGCCAACAGUCAGAUCGACUGGAACGCCUUGGCCAGCUUCUCCCUGCACGACUCGAACGAAACGGGCCGUGAGUCGGGGCCAUCCGCUGCUCUGGAAUCGAACAAGCCCGACGAGACGGCCAGACAAGAGGAGGAGCCGUUGCUCUCGGUCCAGCCGGUCCAAGCCGAGAAUGAAGCCGGCAGAGGAAGUAGCGGCAACGGCAGCAGCAGGAGCGAAGCCAGAGCGAUCAAGUCCAAGAGCAGCCCUGCCAUCGGCUCGCUGCAACUGGCCAAAGGGUCGAGCAGCAGCGGGGCCAAGUCAGGCGAGCACGACGAGCCCAUGUUGGCCAAGGUGAUGAAGCGGUGCCUCAGCGACGUGCUGCACGAGGGCUUGCUCGACUCGGUGCUGCCCUACAUGAUUCCCAAGUCGGCCCUGCAGGCCAUCGGCAAAAAAGUUACGCCGACGUCGCCGCCUCGAGCCUCGGAGCCCAAGAAGCCGCCCGACGAUCGCUUUCCACCGCUCAAGGAGACGUCGAGUUCCAAGGACAAGCUCAACAAGCAGAAAAAGCUGUCGGAGGCCGAAGUCGAGAUUCACGUGUGCGACGAGGCGAAAAACAUCAAGAAGGACUUUCGGUGCCCGCAGCGCCUGCUCAUUCAGAAGAUGUGCUACUUCGCCGACGUGACGGCCGGCCAAAAGCUCGAGGAGAUGGACAUAUCGGUGCACUGCGACGUGGCCAUCUUCGACUGGCUCAUGCGCUGGGUCAAGAAGGACCUGAUCAAGAAGUCCGAGUGGCCUCGGCUCGAGGCGGCCAACGUCGUGCCGAUCAUGGUCUCGGCCUCGUUCCUGCAGAUGAGCCCGCUGCUCGAGGACUGUCUGGCCUACUGCCACGCGAAUCUGUCGGAAGUGCUGGCCACCUCGGCGGUGCUCAGUUGCCUGAACGACGCGCUGCUGACGCGACUGGCCGAGCGCUUCAGCAACGCCGACCUCGAGGCGGUGCGCGACAAGAAGGACAAGGUGCAGAGCCGACUGUUCUGCAAGCUCAUCCUGGCGCUGGGCGAGCCGAAGCCCGAGGCGCGUCGGGGCCACUACGGCUCGCUGGCCACCCUCUUCCGCUGCGCCAGGUGCCGCAAGAACGUCGGCCGGCCCGUCUCGCUGAGGGUGCCCUGCACGCCCGACCGCAUGAGCAUCGACCCUCGGGGAGACGUUCACAGUAAGCACACUAGGGACACCGGCUGGAGCCUGAACGAGCACGUCCUCAAGCUGCGCUCGGAACUGCGCUCCUGGCGCAAAGUCUACUGGAGGCUCUGGGGCGACUGCCACUUUCUCUUCUGCCGCCAGUGCGCCACCUGCUUUCCCGUCAGUCAGAUGGCCUGGUGCGCCUACCACCCGGACAAUCCGCAGUUCUUCGUCAACGAGCAGCAGCGGGCCACGCCCUUCCCUCUGGGCCGCUAUCCCUGCUGCAGUCAGCGAGCCUACCGAUUUCAGGCUCUGGCCAAUAGGGACGGUUGCAAAUUUCGCGAACACGUACCGGAAAUUCGCUCCGAGAACGACGAGAGAAUCGUCGAUUUAUUCUUAGCUCACAGGGACCACAUUGCGAUCGAGCCACCCCAGCUGUUCUUCCCGGAAAAAAUCACGCGCUUGGUGGCGCGAGAUUCCACGUUGCCGGCGGGAAAGCUGGCUUGCAAAGAGACUUUUUGGUGGGAGGGAAUCGAGAUUCUGCCCCCUCGGCCCAAAUUCGGCCUUUUAGCGAGACUUUGGGGCGGUUCGAGUCUUCAUAAGCGGCACCUGCAAACGCCUCAGAGAAGUUGGACGGCCAAGGAGGAGCGUCGACGACCGUCUCGGUCGGCUACGGACUUCUCGUCUUCGAUCGCUUCCUCGGACACGUGCGACGACGAGGACGAGGUCAGCCCCGAAGACGAGCACAGUAGUGAUCCGGAUGAAUCCCUCGAAAGCGAACAAUCGCGAGACAUGGAGCUACCUUCUUCGAAGAAGCUGAGAAACCUGUCCAAUAUUCGUAGAGUGUGCGAUGGCAUGGGCACGUGGAGCGCCAAUUUGACCGUCCGAUACAAUCAAGACAAUCAACGAGAUUUCGAAGAGAAAGCCGCCGGCCAGAUGAUAGCCCUGUUGACCAAGAGAACUGUUUUGGAACGCAAUCUGCGUCCGAAAAGUCAUUCGCCAAAUAAACAUUUUUCAUGGAAUACCACUGCGCAGCCAAUCGGUGGUACAUACAUCCGUCUAGAGUCUGAAUUUUUUGGACAAGUGGCCCAAAAUUACAAGUCCAAAACAAAUACACAAGCCAAGUGUUCACUUAGAGUUAAAUCUUCAAAAUAAUAUAAACACGUUAAUAUGGAAAUGGAGUUAUCAACCUGUUAUAUUUUUAACUAUGGAGAUUUGAUUUAAACAUCCUAGUCAUUUAUCCAAAAAAUUUAAUAUUUAAUAAAAAAAUUUUAAAACUAAAUUCUGCUAAAACUAUAAUUUUUUUUUUGUGACGUUCACUAAUUGAUCGCAUUAUCCAUUAUUUUAUUUACCUAUUUUUCACCGAUUUUCAACCGAUUCACUUGAGUUCUUGAAAUAAAAAAAAAGAGAAAAAUCUCCCAACUAAUAAAUCCAUGACGUUAAAUUCAUUUCGCUGAUUUUGAUAUUUUUUGUAUGAUGAUUUCCUACUCCCUGUCCUAUAAAAAAUUAUAUAAUUUACAAGAAAAUUUACUUACAAUCGCACAUAGGUACUGUAGUUAUAUAAUUAUGAUUAUUUUAAAAAAUUUCUUUUAAAAAGUCUCAUUUGAGGUACAAUUUUUGGCGAAAAAUAUAUAUACGAUCAAAAGUACUAACUCAUAGAUGUGCAAUUACAAUACCUAAUUAUGCAAUUAUAAUUUAUG